CCCACUUCCUCCCCCGGCGGCGCUCUAGUCCGCCGGCACAGUCGGAGCUCUAUGGUGUUUCGCGUUGCCUAGGCGACCAGCCGGGCAAGAUGGCGUCGGCGAUUCGGGCCGGAGCGCGGCUCAGGCGGGCGGUGGAAAGCGAGGAGCUGUCCGGGCUUCCCGCCGCGCUGCGGGACGAGCUGCGGGAGGCCGUGGCUUCCAAAGGCUCCGUGGUGUCCUUCAGCUUGCUGCGGAGGCUGCACAGCGGGCUGCGGGAGGCAGGAUCCCCGCUGUUCCUCUACGAGCUCCUGAGAGACAGCGACAUCGCCCUGCCCGAAGUGCCGGUGCAGCCGCGGAACCCCGAGCUGGUGGCCAGGCUGGAGCAGAUAAAAGCCAAGCUGGCCAAUGAGGAGUACCGGCGGAUGACCCGCAACGUCACCAGGCAGGAUAUGAACCAUGGGACAUUAGCUGAAUUCGGGAGGCAAGUUCGCUCUGUUAAAGCUGUAGUCGUCACCAUAUUCAACUUCUUUGUCACCGUGGUGGCUGCGUUUGCCUGCACAUACCUGGGCAGCCAGUAUCUCUUUGUGGAGACAGCGGCGCGUGUCCUGUCAGCAGUGAUUGUGGCCUCGGUGGUUGGCUUGGCUGAACUGUAUGUGAUGGUGCGCACGAUUGAAGGAGACCUUGGGAAACUAUAGCCACACACAUCCCCUGCAAUUGAGGCUCCUGCUGGAGGCUUUUGCCCACUACAUGAGUCAUUUGUUUGGGGCAUCUUAUCUCUGGACUGUCCUCUAGUGGAUGUUACCACCCCAGCACACAGGAGGUUACAAGCUGUUGCUGUCUCAGUUACUCUGUAAAGUUUCUGUCAUUUUAUUAUAGAAUUAAGUAACAGUGUAUGUUUUCAACCUCCAUCCUGCCAUGCAGCACGCUAACCUGGCCUCUAAAAGACAUCACAGCCAGCCAUAAAUCUUCCCUCUCCCUCUGCAUCACAUCCUGCUGUCUCCUGUGCAAACCAGGGCUCUUUCUUAGCCUGUCCUUCCUGCUCCCACCUGGUCCCCUGCCCGUUUUAGGGAGAGCAGUACUCACUCAUUGUCACCUUGACAGUACGUGAUGAUGGUUGCCUUCCACACAGAUCUGUCCAGCAUGACAACGCCUGGUGUGACCACGUUGGAGUUGGCACCUGACUCCCAGCACAGCUCAUACCAAACCCAUUUUCUCUGGCUGAGGAAGGAAGGCAGCUCCAAAAGGAGCCUGGGGUGCCGUGGAGCAGAGAGCGGAACUCGCUGAGUGCCCCCAUGGCCGUGCAGAGGGGAGGGGGCUCUGCUGGGCCUCGGGGAUCCAGACACCUGCUGGGUGGGCACUGUGCCACAGCUGGACACGGUGAUUAAUGCUCUGAUGGCAGCUAAGCCCUUCAGUGAACACGCUUUAAUAUCUGAUACGGGGAAAUCUGCCGGCACCUGCAAACGUGCCUGAGGAUUAGGGGCGGCCACGCCACAAUCAUCCGCGGAUCCUGCCUCAGAUUAAGGUAUUUUUUCCAAAAGAUUAGUUGGUAUUAGGGGGGCUGAUUGGGAGCUGGCCCCGUCACGGCUGCACCAGCAUUUAGGAUAUUGGAUGGCAUCGUAGGGACCGCU